UCUUUCAUAGUGUUUGGAUUGUGAAAUUUGUAUAUAUAGAUCUAGUAGUAUCUUUCUUUUUCAUCAUCAGACUUUUACUACCAUCCGUCUUAGAGAGAGCUAAAAAUUCGCAUUAAUGGCGACCCAACCACUGAUACUGAAGACGGCAUGUGUUGUUGGAGGCUCUGGUUUCGUGGCUUCGUUGCUUGUCAAACUAUUGCUUGAGAAAGGCUAUGCCGUCAAUACAACUGUUAGAAACCCUGAUGAUCAGAAAAAGGUCUCACACCUCCUAUCACUAGAGAGUUUGGGCAACUUAAAGAUCUUCAGAGCAGACCUAACUGAUGAAGCAAGCUUUGGUGCUCCUAUAGCAGGUUGUGAUCUUGUCUUCCAUGUCGCAACCCCAGUCAACUUCGCUUCUGAAGAUCCAGAGAAUGACAUGAUAAAGCCAGCAAUCCAAGGAGUAGUCAACGUUUUAAAAGCCUGUGCGAAAUCAGGAACCGUGAAACGUGUUGUUUUAACAUCAUCAGCAGCUGCUGUAAGCAUCAAUGAGCUGAAUGGAACUGGCCUGGUCAUGCAUGAGGAGAACUGGACUGACAUUGACUUCCUGACUUCAGUGAAGCCACCUACUUGGGGGUACCCUGCCUCCAAGACACUAGCUGAGAAAGCAGCUUGGAAGUUCGCCAAAGAAAACAACAUUGAUCUCAUCACGGUCAUUCCUACUCUCAUGGCCGGUCCUUCACUUACUCCAGACGUCCCUAGUAGUAUCGGUCUUGGCAUGUCCUUAAUCACAGGGAAUGAGUUCCUCAUCAACGGGCUGAAAGGUAUGCAGAUGCUGUCGGGUUCAAUCUCCAUUUCACAUGUUGAGGAUGUCUGCCGUGCCCACAUAUUUGUGGCGGAGAAAGAAUCAGCUUCUGGCCGCUACAUUUGUUGUGCUGUUAAUACAAGUGUUCCUGAGCUUGCAAAGUUCCUAAAUAAAAGAUACCCUCAAUACAAAGUCCCUACUGAUUUUGGAGAUUUCCCCUCUAAAGCCAAGUUGAUCAUCUCAUCAGAAAAACUUAUCAACGAGGGAUUCAGUUUUAAGUACGGGAUUGAAGACAUUUAUGACCAAUCCGUGGCCUACUUCAAAGCUAAGGAGCUAUUGCAGAAUUGAAGACCUUAACAGAUGUAAUUGCUGCUAAACAGUGCUUAAGCUUUCACCUACAAAUGCUUGCACGUCAAUAUAAUAAAAUAUGUGCUAUUAUCCAAAUAAAAUAGUUCUUUGUUCAUUGCA